UUUUCUUUACGCGCGCCGCAGAUAAGCAGCGGAUUAUUCGAACGGCGUUACGGCUACGCCAGAUUACAGCUGUCUCCACUUUUUCCGAUCAAAGGUCCGCAAUUGCUCCCGCACACGUACGCGACACAUUUCAAGAUCGAAUCUUUUAUCUCCCGAUCUUAGUGUCCGGAUUCAACGCUAGAUCGUGCCAGAGUUAUAGCCGCGGAUGUUUUCUCCUUAUCUUUUUCUUUUUUGUUUUUUUUUUUUUUGUUUAAACUUUACAAGUUUCGCCGGCGUCGCGACGCCGAAGAAAGUUCGUUAAAAAUUGCCGAUUUCGAGCGAUCCCCGGUAACUAAUCCUCCUCGCUAUCUGGGACGGAAUCGGUUUUGAACCAAAUUCGGAAAAUGGGCUGGGAAAAAUUUGAUUUUCGGACGACAGCGUUCGAUAGGCGGGUAACGGGGAUCGCGUCCGCUCGCGCAACCAUAUCGCGUGAGUACACGGUGCAAGGAGACGGUGGAUAAGCGAGAGAUCGUCUCGCUUAUCAAUAUUCGAAGCGAAAUGAUCGUGGCGAGAGUGUGCGCGGAUUUCUAACCUAGAACGAAUCAUCUAGUUUCGCGUAUCUUUGUGUACGACGGGGAGCGAUCCGUGCCCCGAAAAAUCGCAAGAGACCAGCGACGAUGCAGAGCGGCAGAAAACCGAGGAGGGACUCGGACGUGGUCCUCUCGAAUUUCAGCCAGAAGGAACUCCUCUUCAAAUUUUUGAUCAUCGGUGACUACGGCGUCGGUAAAACCGCGAUUGUCCGGCGAUACACGGAGGGAAAAUUCUCGUCGAAUUACAAAAUCACGAUAGGCGCCGACUUUGCGAUAAAAACUCUCGAUUGGGAUCCUCAUACGAAAAUAAAUCUGCAACUAUGGGACAUCGCGGGCCACGAGAGAUUCGGUUACAUGACGAGAGUCUACUACAAAUACGCGCUCGCAGCCGCCCUGGUCUUCGACAUUUCCAGGGUCGCCACUUUUCAGUCGGUCAAAAAAUGGCUGACCGAUCUCAGGGAGAAAAUCACCCUCCCCGACGGUUCUAGUAUACCGAUCGUUUUGCUGGCCAACAAAUGCGACAUACAACACGCGGCCAUACCGAACGAGCAAAUCGUGAAAUUUUGCAAAGAGAACUCCAUCGGAUCGUGGUUCAUUACCUCGGCGAAGGAGAACGUGAACAUCGAGGAAGCGAUGCGUUACCUGGUCGAAACCGUUCUCAAAACGCGAAUCGAGGACGAAAUACGUGAUUCGAUAAGACUCAGGGACGGGCCGAUUUCUCACGACAAAAGUGUUUGCUGCAAAACCUGACGAUUGAUUCCCCGUCCCUUUUUCCCUGUCUAUCUAAUUAUUAUUUUUUUUUUUUACCAUUCCGCUUGAUUCCGAAAAUAUCGGUUUCCAAAGUUUUUGCGGAAAUGAAGCACCGCGGACUGAACUAUACUUCGAACAUACGUACAAUAAAACCCAAAAUAGAUCGACGCCAAAUA